AUGACCAGUGAGGCUGGAGGAGCCGUUGCCUUCCCUGUGAUGACCUUGGCGUUUAAAAUCUCCCCCAUCGUGGCCAGAGACUUCUCUAUGGCCAUCCAGUCUGUUGGACUCCCGGCGGCAGCAUUCACCAUCAUCUACAUGCAAAUCCACUUGGAAUGGCACGCCAUACUUUUCUCCUCUCUUGGGGGCGCUGUGGGAAUCAUUAUUGGCCUGGAAUACGUGAGCCCGCUAUUGACCCCACCUCAGAAAAAGUUGGGAUUUGUCUGCAUCUGGUUCACGUUUGCGUUUGCUCUAUUUUUCCUAAAUAUAAACCACAAGCGACGUACUUUUCUGAAGAUACCAAUGUUUAACUGGUGGAAAGCCUUGGUGUUGGUUCUGACAGGCUUUGCUGGUGGAAUGUUUACGUCGUUUGCCGGAAGUGGACUGGAUAUCUGCAGCUUCAGUAUCCUCACUCUUUUGUUCCGCGUCAGCGAGAAAACUGCCACGCCCACUUCCAUCGUCCUGAUGGCGGGAAACACUGUGGUUGGACUGUUUUGGAGGGCUGUCAUCAUUGGAGGCGUCUCCAUUGACUGCUGGGAAUAUGUGGCCGCCACAGUGCCGGUUGUCAUCGUCGGCGCACCGUUCGGGUCGGUAAUUGGCAGUCACUUCCACCGCCUUGUCCUUGCUGCCUUGAUCUACGUGUUGGAUACCGUGGCUCUGGUGGCUGCCUUCGCUAUUGUGAGGCCUUUAACCACCGAACUGAUCCUCAUCUCUGUUGGGAUUAUCAUAUUUGGCGCCGUUUUCUUUGCUUCAGUUACCAAAAUCGGCGGGCUUAUAUUAGAGAUAUUUGAGGCAUCAAAUGCAUUACGUGGAAAUUCUGGGAUGAAAGAAAAUAGCACAGAUAUUUCGACAACAAUAGAAGAUUCAGAAAAUGCCAAAACCGAAAUAGAAAUAUUUCAUAUAGAUGUGAGUAAGUCUUUAAAAGCGGACGCGCAAAGGGAAACUAAUACAGGGAGUGCAGACGAAGAGGAAAACACGAAACUGUGA